CAGGAAACGCGGGGGGAGCGGCACGGAGCUGAGACACGAGCCAGGAUGGUGGUGCCUUCGCGGAAGCUUCAAGAUCUAAUCGAGGAGAUUCGUGAGGCCAAGACCCAGGCCCAGGAACGGGAAGUGAUCCAGAAGGAGUGUGCCCACAUCCGGGCCUCCUUCCGCGAUGGGGACCCUCUGCAUAGGCACCGCCAGCUGGCCAAACUGCUCUACGUCCACAUGCUGGGCUACCCCGCCCACUUUGGACAGAUGGAGUGCCUGAAACUGAUCGCCUCCCCCAGGUUCACAGACAAGAGGGUGGGCUACCUGGGGGCCAUGCUUCUACUGGAUGAGAGGCAGGAUGCCCACCUGCUCAUUACCAACAGCAUCAAGAAUGACCUGAGCCAGGGUAUUCAUGCCGUACAAGGCCUGGCCCUGUGCACUCUGAGCACCAUGGGCUCUGCUGAGAUGUGCCGGGAUCUGGCCACUGAGGUGGAGAAACUGCUCCUGGAGCGAAGCCCUUAUGUGCGCAAGAAGGCUGUUCUGACUGCAGUGCACAUGAUCCGAAAGGUCCCUGAGCUCUCCGACAUCUUCCUCCCAGUUUGUGCCAAACUGCUUCAUGAACGCCACCAUGGCGUCCUGCUGGGCACCAUCACGCUGAUCACAGAGCUCUGCGAACGAAGCCCUGCAGCCCUCAAGCACUUUCGAAAGGUGGUGCCCCAGCUGGUACAGAUCCUCCGGACUCUGGUGACGACAGGAUACUCCACAGAACAUAGCAUAUCUGGAGUCAGUGACCCCUUCCUCCAGGUCCAGAUACUUCGUCUGCUUCGGAUUCUGGGCCGGAACCACGAGGACAGCAGUGAGAUCAUGAAUGACUUGCUGGCCCAGGUGGCCACUAACACAGAUACCAGCCGAAAUGCGGGCAGUGCAGUCCUGUUUGAGACUGUGCUCACCAUCAUGGACAUCCGCUCUGCAGCUGGCCUGCGGGUUCUGGCUGUCAACAUUCUUGGCCGCUUCCUGCUCAACAGUGACAAGAAUAUUAGGUACGUAGCCCUGACGUCAUUGCUGCGACUGGUGCAGUCUGAUCACAGUGCUGUGCAGCGACACCGGCCCACCGUGGUGGAAUGUCUUCGGGAACCUGACGCCUCCCUCAGCCGGCGGGCCCUGGAACUGAGCCUGGCUCUGGUGAACAGCUCCAAUGUGCGAGCCAUGACAAAAGAACUUCAAGGCUUUCUGGAGUCCUGCCCCGUUGAUCUGCGGGCAGACUGUGCCUCAGGCAUCCUGCUGGCAGCAGAGAGGUUUGCCCCAACCAAGCGAUGGCACAUAGACACCAUCCUGCAAGUGCUGACAACGGCAGGCACCCAUGUUCGGGAUGACGCGGUGGCCAACCUGAUCCAGCUGAUUGGCGGGGCCCAGGAACUACACACCUACUCUGUGCGCCGCCUGUACAGUGCCCUGGCCCAGGACAUCUCUCAGCAACCACUGGUACAAGUGGCAGCCUGGUGCAUUGGGGAAUACGGGGACCUUCUGCUGGAGGGGAGCUGUGAGGAAACCGAGCCACUUCAGGUGGAGGAAGAAGAGGUGUUGGCAUUACUGGAAAGGGUACUGCAGUCCCAUAUGUCCCUGCCGGCCACCCGAGGAUACGCCCUCACAGCCCUAAUGAAGCUUAGCACCCGGCUUCAUGGGGACAACAACCGCAUCCGCCAGGUGGUGUCCAUCUACGGAAGCUGCCUCGACGUGGAGCUGCAGCAGCGGGCUGUGGAGUACAGCACACUGUUCCGGAAGUUCGACCACAUGAGGGCUGCCAUCCUAGAAAAGAUGCCUCUUGUGGAUCGAGGUGGCCCUCAGGUUGAUGAGGAAGUAAAGGAAAGCAAAGAAGUAGCCCAGCUUUUGGAACCAGCCCCUGUCCCCACAGAGCCCCAGGUGAGGAGGCCAGAUGCCCAGGGUGGAGAGGACUUGGUUGGGCUUCCAUACCUACUCCCCUCUUCCUUCUGCCCUUUCCCCCAGGCCUCGAAGCUCUUGGAUCUGUUAGAUCUCCUAGAUGGCACUUCUGGGGAUGCCCAGAAGCCUCCCCCUCUGGGUCCCUCCCCAGAAGGUACUUUAAUACACCUGCUGGACCUUCCCUGUGCUCCCUCAGCCCCAGCUCCCAUCCCAAAUCUCAAAGUGUUUGAGCGUGAAGGACUACAGCUGAAUCUGUCUUUUGUUAGACCCCCUGGAACCCCUGAUUUGCUCUUAAUCACUGUCACUGCUACCAACGCGUCAGAGGGUGAUGUCACCCAUUUCAUCUGCCAGGCCGCUGUGCCCAAGAGUUUCCAGCUGCAGCUACAGGCCCCUAGUGGGGACACAGUUCCAGCUCAGGGUGGCCUUCCAGUGACCCAGCUCCUCCGAAUCCUCAAUCCUAACAAGGUCCCCUUGCGGUUAAAGCUGCGCCUCACCUACAACCACUUUGGCCAGUCGGUGCAGGAGAUCUUUGAGGUGAACAACUUGCCUGUGGAGACAUGGCGGUAACUCAGCCUCCACCCACAGCUGAAAUCCUGUGUGUCCCAAAUCCCUGGGUUCCCAGCUUCUUGGAGCCUACAUCUGAGCACUACCAGCAGGUGGCGCUCUGGUCAUGUGCUUGCCACUGCAAAAACUGGAGGGGACUGCUCCCCUCCCUGACAAAUAAUGAAAGCCUAAUAAAAAAGCCUGAGGGGGGGGGAAAGUCAUAUUUGUGUAUAUUUGAGGUAGAAAUAUAUAUAUAAAUAACAGCAACAGGAAAUAUGUGUCUUCCCUUGGCCUUAGGAACCUGUUUCAAUAAAGGAGGGUUUUCUUUCUACCCCUCUCCAGGGUAGGGGACAAAUCUGACCUACAGGAGGCACUCUACCAUCUGGGCCAGAGCAGGACAUAGUGGCAAAAUCUAACCAAAAUUUCUAGAUUUCCAACAGGGAUUCCCACCCAUUUCCCCAAUCUGCCGCUAUUCCCCACACCCCAAAGCAGGGAAAUCCCUGCUGCCUCCCCUCAUCUCUAACUCAGCUGUAAGGUGGUUUAGGAGCCGCUGGCAGAAUCAAUGGCAUCGACCAAGGGAGGGGGGGUGGCAAGGGAUUUUCCUGUGCUUAACUACUGAUCACGGCUAAGUGGAAAUCCUAUAAACACGAGCGGAAAUCAAUGGAGGCUGCUUAGCGGCCAGGGGAGAGGGGCGGCCCACAGAUUGCAUCUGACGGAUGAGGGAGAGGAGGCAGCCUGGGAGGGCUCCACAAAGGAUAGCUGAGGGUAGGCUGGAGGAACAGGCAGAG